AUGUCCCGCACCAAGGAGACCGCCCGCGCGAAGCGCACCAUCACGUCGAAGAAGAGCAAGAAGGCGCCGAGCGCGGCGUCCGGCGUGAAGAAGCUGCAUCGCCGCUGGCGCCCGGGCACCUGCGCGAUCCGCGAGAUCCGCAAGUUCCAGAAGAGCACGAACCUGCUGAUCCAGUGCGCGCCGUUCCAGCGCCUGGUGCGCGAGGUGUCGAGCGCGCAGAAGGAGGGCCUGCGCUUCCAGAGCAGCGCCAUCAUGGCGAUCCAGGAGGCGACGGAGGCGUACGUUGUGUCGCUGAUGGCGGACACGAACCUGGCCUGCAUCCACGCGAAGCGCGUGACGAUCCAGCCGAAGGACAUCCAGCUGGCGCUGCGCCUGCGCGGUGAGCGCCAUUAG